AAGCGUGAUCCAGCCAGGAGGAAUCGAGGGGUACCAGAGGGAGGAAAAUCAAGACGCGCUGGUGAAGCAGGCGCCGAGGACGUGCGAGCUGCACAGCAGGUAGAGGUGGCGGAGAAGAAGCCUAGAACGCACCGGGUCCCAGGGGCUUCAGCGUGCCGGGGAUAGGGAGAGAUGGAACCUUUAGGAAGACUGUAAGGAGGAAGCGGAGGCCGACUUAGAGGGCUAUGAAGACCUUCCAGUCGCGAGAGAAGGCGACGACGCGAGCUUAGAGCAGGGCUAUCGGAUGGAGAAAACGGUAUCUCUGCACUGUGUGGAUUGGACAUUCGCAAAGAGAGACUCCAGUGUAUCUGGAUCAUCAGGUUGUGCUUCUAGAAGACUAUAGGGAAGAACACAUUUGCUGCUUGCCACAAAAGUUUGCAAUAGAAAAGUUUUCAUCAUUUGAAGGUUUAAUGGCUACCACUUUGUUGAACUUGGAAGGAGUUUGUUAACUUAUUGAACACUAUUAUUGAUGCAGAAGUCUCCAGCUGGCCUGAAGAAUUUGAACUCUAGAUAGCUCAACCUCUGAGCUCUCUUCUUACCCACAAAACCUGAGGGGCUCUCAACAUCACAUUUGAACGAAUCUGUGGAGGUUUGAAAGGACGAAUGAGUAUUCUCAUCAUUGAGGCAUUCUAUGGAGGGUCCCAUAGACAACUGGUGGAUCUGCUCCAAGAAGAGUUGGCAGACUGUGUCCUUUAUACCCUUCCUGCAAAGAAGUGGCAUUGGAGAGCACGGACGUCAGCUUUAUACUUCUCUCAGAAUGUUCCCAUCAGUGAGCAUUACAGGAUCCUUUUUGCCAGCUCAGUGCUUAACCUGACCGAACUGGCUGCCCUUCGACCUGACCUUGGAAAACUGAAAAAGAUUCUCUACUUCCAUGAGAACCAAUUGGUAUAUCCUGUCAAGAAAUGUCAGGAGAGGGAUUUCCAAUAUGGAUACAACCAAAUUCUUUCAUGCCUGGUGGCUGAUGUGGUGGUAUUCAACUCGGUUUUUAAUAUGGAAUCAUUUCUCACUUCUAUUGGAAAAUUCAUGAAGCUGAUUCCUGAUCACAGACCCAAGGAUCUGGAAAGCAUCAUCAGACCCAAGUGCCAAGUUAUUUACUUUCCCAUCAGGUUUCCUGAUGUGAGCAGAUUCAUGCCCAAGCACAAAACAACCCAUUUAAAGAAGAUGCUCGACCUUAAAGAAAAUGGCAGUGCUGCUCCAUCCAGGGCCCCCCCUUUCCGUCAGGAGCAGAGAGGUUCUGACUUAUGCAAGAAUUUUAAUUUGGAAUCUGGACUCUGUGAAGCACACUCUGGCCUUGAUACUGCUCAACAAGGAAGUCUGGGUAGAUCAUUAAUGCAAGUAUCAGACUUGAACAAGUCCAGCUCAUCAGAUAAUUCAAGCUCUCAUCAUGAGGAAAAUAAGUACAAUCUGACUCUUCAUCCCUGUGACAAUUUGGGUGGAGGUGAUGAUCAACAGAGACCAUUGCACAUUGUCUGGCCUCACAGGUGGGAACAUGAUAAAGAUCCAGAAAGUUUUUUUAAGAUAUUAAUGCAUCUUAAGGACUUAGCACUCAAUUUCCACGUCUCUGUCCUUGGAGAAACAUUCACAGAUGUCCCAGAUAUAUUUUCAGAGGCCAAAAAGGCAUUGGGAUCGUCUGCCUUACACUGGGGCUACUUACCCAGCAAAGAUGACUAUUUCCAAGUACUGUGCAUGGCUGAUGUUGUCAUCUCAACAGCUAAGCAUGAAUUCUUUGGAGUGGCAAUGUUGGAAGCUGUGUAUUGUGGUUGUUACCCACUUUGUCCCAAAGACUUGGUUUAUCCUGAAAUAUUUCCAGCUGAAUAUCUGUAUUCUACACCUGAACAGCUUUCAAAAAGGCUCCAGAAUUUCUGCAAGAGACCAGAUAUUGUAAGAAAACAUCUCUAUAAGGGUGAGAUGGCUCCGUUUUCUUGGGCAGCCCUACAUGGUAAAUUCAGGUCUCUGCUUACAACAGAACCUAGGGAAGAUUUGUGACAGAUGGGGCUAAGUCACAAACUUGCAGCCUAAGGCAGAAUCUGUAGAACUUUCCAGAGUGUGCCCAUAUUUACCUGAUCAGAGAGAAAAGAAAAUCUGCAGAGGAAGCUGAGCCUGGCUGCUUGUCAUAGCUGACACAGAGCCAUCUGCCACAAACCUGUGGCGGCUUCAGAUCUCCAAUCCCUGCCACCACCCCAACUCAAAUUAAAUACAGAUUCCUAGAGACGUUAUGAUGGUUACACAUGUCCUCGGCAUCACAUGUAGGAGACUGUUCAAAAAAAAAUAUGUGGCCUGUUGUAUAACUGCACUCAUGUAUCCCAUAUGUGGUGCCACAUUGAAUUUCCGGUUGAAUCUGUUUUUAUCCUUUGUACUGGAUGACAUGGUGCCUGAAUUCUUUCUUUUUGCCGACAUGAUGGCAGCCAAACUGCAGCUUCAAACGCUUGCACUUGGCUGGGUUUCUAUCUAGGUUGCCAGGUUAUCAUCGGCCUUCUUGUGUCCUCAAAGGGCCACAGGGUCUGAAAGGAGGAUCAGAAUGCUACUGGACUAAUUGGGCAGCCAGCUCAGAAUUGUUUGUGGGUAAAGGGCUGCUUUAGCACUUUUCUGUUAGCAAAUUAAUGACUCUCUGGCACAGGGGUUUUUAAGUGAAGGUAUAAUAAGGGGUCUGGCAGGUAUUCCCAUGAUUCACAGAGUUACAUUUGCAUUUAAUUAGUCUUAAAGAAAGUUGCAAGAUAAACAGCUGUAAUUCGGACAAACAUGGAAAAUACACUAAGUGGGGCCAUCUCACUCAUAAAAUGAACACUGAGAUACUUGUUUGAAUUUUUCUUCAGGGGUAAAUGUAGAGAAAUGAAAAUAGGUCUAACAAAACUAGUAAUUUUGAUAUAAAUAUCCCCCCAAAAAAUAUUGGCAUCCAGCUACAAAUGCAAUCUUUUCAAGAUAAAUCACUUAUGAUUCCAAUAGUCAAGCUACUGUAAUUUGUUGAUGUAAAGAUGUUUUGAACAGUUAGAUUGCAAAAUAAAUUUUUAAUAAGUGCCCACUGCAAUUUUUAAUUAGCAUAUCACAUUUAUAUAUAAAUGUGUACAUCUAUCUGUAUGUUUCUCGCCAAACACUUCCUUGUGUCAAAGACAACAAAUACAAUUGUUUCUUUCCCCGAUGAACAAGGAUCUGUUUUGCAAAUGUUUGUAAGAUAUUAUGACAUUUCCAAGAUUUUCUUUGCAUUCUGGAAAGCAGGAGGUAAACAUUUGCAGUCAUUAAGGUAAAGUCUGUUGAUAAACCAUCUUCUGUUUACUGACAGGUAAAUUGUAACUUUCCUAGCUUUUGAAAUGCAUAACUUCUUUAUACUGCAGAGUGAGGAGCAGCCAGGAAGCGAUGGCUACACAAUGGCCAAACCUGGCUCUUGGGAUUCUAAGAUGACCCAGUAGUCUAGCAGGCAUCCGAGAUAGAGAAGAUAAUGGUUCAGAAAUCCAGUAAAGUUCAUUUGACAGGUAGCAAAUGUGUAAGCAGAAAAUAGAUCAAGGUCCAGGAGCCAGGUACAGCCCCUCAGAAAAGAGGGAGUCUUGCACAUCAAGGAAAACAGUUCAAAAUAGAUAAGGCCUGGGAAUUUAAAAGCAGGAAUAGUAAAUAGCAGAAACAGUGAGCUCUAUCUUUGGAGACAGACUCCUCUCCCUAACCAUAAUGUAUGAUAGGACACCAGAGCACUGGCUUCUAGUGUGAGCUUGAGGGGACAUCUCUAAACCAAGUACCUGCUUACCCAUAAAAUACAGGGCUCAGAGAUUAUUUCUGAAGUCCCUUCUGGUCAAAGACUUUGGAACUUGGAAGCUGACAGAUAUGCUACUUUUGAGAAAAAAAGUGUAAAGAUAUAAAUAUGAAUAUGAGGUUCUUAUACACUUCUCCUGGGGAGGGUUUAUUGUCUAAUGAGAUGAACUAUACCAAUUAAUUUGCUUCAGUCAGAAAGAUGCUAUGUCCUAGAUGUCUUCUCAAAAUAAUAACAUAAUCUCACAGCCAAGAAACAGUGCUUAGUUCACUAUGUUGUUUUAUCCUGAAAAUAAUGGGCUCAGAUUUUAUAAUAGAUAAAAUAUCAUAUUCCCAACAAGUAUCCUUACAUGUUUUCUCACCAACUGAUGGGGACAAAAGCAUUUACUCCUUUUCAGAUAGUACAUCCAAAAUAUUUAAAUAUUUUCCUGAUUUUGUUGAAUAUAAUAUUGAAAGUUACCUGUAUAUGUUUUUUCCCCUACAAAUAUAAUCUCAAAUCAAACUUUGACUUUAGCUGUGCCCAAUGUUUCUUCCAGGAUAAAAACUUUUUGGAUCCUGGUAUUAUACAUGCACGCAGGCUAUAAAAAAGUUUUAUAAAUGUGUGAUUCUCGACAUCUGAAGAGGUGUAACUGUAUGAGUGAGUGUGUGUGCUUCUCCACCAAGGUGGAAUGAAGUGUUAAUCCAUAUUUUGUUGAAAUCACUAAAGAAAUCAAAUGCCUCAUUAUUUCAUGUUUUGAGUAUAUUUGUUGAAAAUUCUGGUCUUCUUUUAAAAAAAAAAAAAA